AUGCCGGGGAGCAGCGGCAUCCUCACUAUGGCUGGUGACACUAAGUAUGCCUUGUUGGCCCUCAAGCUCGCCUUCAGGACCGCGGCUACCGCGCGGACGAGGGAGGAAGAAGCCCCAGAGGCUCCGGCGGCUGCACCAGCAAAGAAGAAGCAGCUGUUCUCCCAAGACCACGCCGAGACGAAGCAGGUGCCGAUUGACGAAGACGGAGCAUCAGGCGCCACCUUCACUAUAUCUACAGGCCUCCCUCUAGAUCACGAAGAGGCGUUGGUCAGUUUUUUGCGCGAAAACAAGAACCUGUUCGCAUGGGAGCCCAAGGAUCUGGUCGGAGUCCUAAGGGGGGUGAUUGAGCAUCACCUGAGGGUGUGCCCUAACGUACGCCCGGUGAAGCAGAAGGUGCGGCGGCAAUCCACGGAGAAGCAGUCAUUCAUCGUCCAAGAGACCCGCAAGCUACAAGAUGCUGGUGUCAUUCGGGAAGUGCGGUACCCGGAAUGGUUGGCGAACCCAGACAUCGUCCCCAAGAAGGGCGGGAAGGAACGUUACCACCAGAUCAAGAUGGUGGUACAGGACGUCGAGAAGACAACCUUCUUGACCCCAUGUGGGGUGUACUGCUACACCUGCAUGCCAUUCGGGCUGCGUAAUGCCGGAGCAACUUUCCAGCGGCUGAUGCACAUCGGUCUAGGCCGGGAGCUUGGGAGGAAUGCCGAGGCCUACAUCGACGACAUAGUGGGCAUAUUUUCAACAGCAAGGACCCUCAUCGAGUACCUGGAAGAAACAUUCGCCAGUCUGCGCAAGGUGGACCUGCGGCUCAACCCGGAGAAAUGUGUGUUCGGCGUCCCCUUCGGUAAGCUACUGGGCUUUCUUGUGUCACACAGGGGAAUCGAGGCAAACCCAGAGAAGGUCAAGGCGAUAGAAGAGAUGAGCCGGCCACAAACGCUCAAGGAAAUGCAAAAGCUGGCAGGCUAUGUGACCUCGCUGGGGCGCUUUAUCUCCAAGUUGGGGGAGCGCGCCCUCCCGUUCUUCAAGCUAAUGAAAAAGAAGGGUCCGUUCGAGUGGACUCUGGAAGCUGACGCAGCAUUCCAAGACCUCAAGAGAUACCUCACCAGCCCACCGGUGAUUGUGGCAGUGCGUCCUCUUGAGCCCCUGGUGCUUUACCUGGCUGCCACGCCUCAUUCAGCCAGUGCAGCGCUGCUAGAGUUCAACAGCACCAGGGUCAUCAAGGGUGCUGCACUCGCCGACUUCGUGGCGGAAUGGACCGACGUUCCAAGCACUGAGUUAGGCGUGUACCGACCCCUCUUGCCAGGAAGCGAGGGCGAGCAGGUCUCCAACAACAUCGUGGUGUACGAAGGCUUGAUCGCCAGUCUGAAGGUUGCGGCAGCCUUGGGAGUGAAGGGCCUCACCGUCAAGGGCGACUCCCAGCUCCUCGUCAACUUCUCCAACCAAGUAUACGAGCCAAAGGAUGAACACAUGGAAGCAUACCUGGCGGAGGUACGCAAAAUCGAGAAGCAAUUCUUGGGUCUGGAACUGCAGCAUGUGCCACGCGGCAUGAACAAGGAAGCGGACGACAUCGCCAAGAGGGCGUCCCGGCGCCUGCCUCAGAAGCCCGGCGUCUUUGAGGAGCGGCUCUUCAAGCCCUCAGCAGCCCCUCCUGUUGCGGGCCCAACACCGCCCCAGGAGGAGCUCCCCCAGCGCCCCUCUCAGGAGCCCCCGCUUGUGGCCCAACCUUGGGAGCGCGUCUGCUCCUCGCGCUCGAGCCUCAGGAGGGGUGCUGGACCAAAGAAUUCAAGGCAUACCUGCUUCAGGGAGCCCAGCCAGAGAAGGAGGUAG